AUGCAUAAAGAAAUAGCUGUUGGAAUCGAUUUGGGAACGUCAUAUUCUUGUGUCGGAGUUUGGCAGAAUGAAAGAGUUGAAAUUAUUCCCAAUGACCAGGGUAAUCAUAUGACGCCAUCAUAUGUCGCAUUCACCGAAACGGAACGUUUAAUCGGUGAUGCUGCCAAAAAUCAAGUUAACAUGAACCCUUAUAAUACUGUAUUUAGCGCUAAACGUCUCAUUGGCCGUAAGUUUAAUGACCAGGAAAUUCAAUCUGAUAUGAAGAAUGGAAGGCCAUAUAUUCAAGUAGAAUACAAAUACGAAAAGAAGGAUUUCACACCCGAAGAAAUUUCUUCCAUGAUCUUGGUAAAAAUGAGGGAAACCGCAGAAGCUUAUCUUGGUACGCAAGUUAGAAAUGCCGUAAUUACAACAUCAACUUACAUUAAUGAAUCUCAAUGCCAAGCUAUAAUAGAUGCCGGUAUAAUCGCCGGUUUAAAUGUACUUCGUAUAAUUACUGAUACAAUUGCAGCAGCUAUUGCUUAUGGCUUGGAUAAGAAAGUUGUUGGAGAACAAAACGUUCUUAUCUAUGAUUUAGGUGGUGGCUCUUUUGAUGUAUCUCUCCUAACUAUUGAGGAAGGAAUUUUUGAAGUAAAAGCUGUUGCAGGUGACACACAUCUUGGCGGUGAAGAUUUCGAUAAUCACCUUGUAAAUCAUUUUUUACAAGAAUUCAAACGAAAAUUUAAGAAAGAUCUUAUAACGAAUGCACGUGCUUUCCAUCGAUUAAGGACAGCUUGUGAACGUGUAAAGCGUGAACUUUCAUCAUUAUUAAAAGCUUCCUUAGAGUUAGAUUCCCUUUUCGAUGGUAUCGAUUUCUAUACCUCCUUAACACGUAUCAGAUUUGAAGAAUUGAAUCAAGAUUUAUUUCAAUCUAUAAUGGAACCUAUUGAAAAAAUUCAAAAGCUGGUAUCUGAGUUUUUCAAUGGUAAAGUACCAAACAAAUCCGUUAAUCCUGAUGAAGCCGCGGCCUAUGAUUUACUUUAUCUCAAUGUCACUCCUUUAUCUCUUGGUAUUGAAACUACUGGCGGAGUCAUGACACCGCUUAUAAAGUGUAAUACAACUAUACCUACCAAGAAAUCAGAAAUUUUCUCAACAUAUUCCGAUAAUCUACCAGGAUUUAUGAUUCAAGUUUAUGAAAGUGAACAUGCCCGUACUAAAGAUAAUAACUUCCUUGGUAAAUUCGAAUUUACAGGAAUUCCGCCAGCACCAAGAGGUGUUUCACAAAUUGAAGUCACAUUUGAUAUUGAUAAAAACAGUAUCUUAAAC